AUGAGGCUGUUGACAGUCGCGACGUGUAACUUGAACCAAUGGGCCAUGGAUUUCGAUUGCAACUUGAAGAACAUCAAGGCCUCAAUCACUCAGGCCAAGGCCGCCGGUGCUGUCAUCAGGCUCGGCCCCGAGCUCGAGAUCACCGGCUAUGGCUGCGAGGACCACUUCCUCGAGCUCGACACCGUCACCCACGCGUGGGAGUGCUUGAAGGAAUUACUGCUUGGUGAUUGGACGGAUGGAAUAUUGUGCAGCAUAGGGAUGCCUGUGAUUAAAGGAUCGGAGCGGUAUAAUUGUCAAGUUUUGUGUAUGAACAGAGAAAUCAUCUUGAUAAGACCGAAAAUGUGGCUUGCGAACGACGGAAACUACAGGGAUCUUCGGUGGUUCACUGCUUGGAAGCAGAGAGAGCAGCUUGAGGACUUUCAGCUGCCUAGCGAAAUUUCAGAGGCCUUGUCUCAGAAGUCGGUUCCUUUUGGCUAUGGUUACAUCCGGUUCUUGGACACAGCUGUUGCAGCCGAAGUUUGUGAGGAGCUGUUUACUCCAGUUCCUCCUCAUGCUGAGCUUGCCUUGAACGGGGUGGAGGUCUUCAUGAAUGCCAGCGGAAGUCAUCAUCAAUUGAGAAAGCUAGAUAUUCGUAUGCGUUCUUUUAUAGGGGCUACCAAUGCUCGCGGAGGGGUGUACAUGUACAGUAAUCACCAGGGAUGUGAUGGUGGCCGCUUAUAUUACGAUGGAUGUGCAUCCAUUGUUGUAAACGGGGAUGUUAUUGCUCAAGGCUCACAGUUCUCCUUGAAGGACAUUGAAGUCGUGGUUGCACAAAUGGAUCUGGAUGCAGUUGCGAGUCUUCGAGGAUCUAUAAGUAGUUUUCAAGAACAAGCAAGCUGCAAAGCCAAAGUACCUUCAGUAUCUGUGCCCGUGAAGCUGACACAGCCCUUCAACCUGAAGGUUUCACUAACCAGCCCAAAAACGAUCAUGUACCACUCUCCAGAAGAAGAAAUUGCCUUCGGACCUGCUUGCUGGCUAUGGGACUAUCUGAGAAGAAGUGGCGCUUCUGGGUUUCUACUUCCCCUUUCUGGUGGGGCAGACAGCUCCUCUGUGGCAGCUAUUGUUGGCUGCAUGUGCCAACUUGUUGUAAAAGAGAUUGAGAGUGGAGAUGAGCAAGUGAAAUCUGAUGCGAUGCGAAUUGGGAAUUACAUUGAUGGGCAGUUUCCCACUGACAGCAAAGAGUUUGCCAAGCGCAUAUUUUACACUGUUUACAUGGGAUCCGAGAACAGUUCCGAGACAACAAAAAAACGUGCAAAGGAGCUGGCGGAUGAGAUUGGUGCAUGGCAUCUUGAUGUUUGCAUUGAUGGUGUUGUCUCUGCGCUUUUAACUUUAUUUCAGACACUCACAGGAAAGCGACCACGGUAUAAGGUCGAUGGAGGAAGUAACAUUGAGAAUCUAGGGCUGCAGAACAUUCAAGCACGGAUAAGAAUGGUGUUGGCAUUUAUGUUAGCAUCUCUCUUACCUUGGGUUCACAACAAACCAGGCUUUUACCUUGUUCUUGGUAGCUCCAACGUCGAUGAAGGAUUGCGUGGAUACCUGACAAAGUAUGACUGCAGCUCGGCGGACAUAAAUCCCAUAGGAAGUAUCAGUAAGCAGGAUCUGAGGAUGUUCCUAAGGUGGGCUGCAACACGUCUUGGUUACCCAUCACUGGCAGGCAUAGAAGCUGCUCCACCGACAGCCGAGCGGGAGCCAAUCCGUUCUGACUAUACUCAGUUGGAUGAGGUUGAUAUGGGAAUGACAUACGAAGAGCUCUCAGUCUAUGGAAGGCUGAGGAAGAUAUUCCGUUGUGGUCCUGUUUCAAUGUUCAAGAAUCUGUGUUACAGGUGGGGAACGAGGCUAAGCCCCUCGGAAGUGGCUGAGAAAGUGAAGUAUUUCUUCAAGUACUACUCUAUCAAUCGGCACAAAAUGACUGUCCUCACGCCGUCCUAUCACGCCGAGAGUUAUUCGCCGGAGGACAACAGGUAUGAUCUGAGGCAGUUCCUGUACAACAGCAGAUGGCCUUAUCAGUUCCGGAAGAUUGAUGAGAUCGUUGACUGCUUAAACGGAGACAGUGUCGCAUUAGCUGAGUCCCAACCCUCCGGAAUGGGAGUGGUCGCUGCCAAAUCUGGAGACCCCACCGCCGGUUUAUGAUCAUUUUGCUUCUCUACUCUUAACUGAUCAUCAGAUGUCUUGAAAUUUAUAUUCUUUUCUGUUGAAAGUGGAGUGUAAUAAAAAAAACCCAAAGAUGUUGGUUCAAGAGUCAGUUGAAGCAGAAGACAGCUUCCCUCCCUCUUGUCCUCUUUUGUUUUCGUGUAUUGAUGAUUCAUUUAGCUGUACCAUUUUAAUCAUUACAUUGUCCUUUACGUGAAA